GACCACUGACACGUAAGGAUCCUGUAUUAAUUCCAAGGGAGAAGCUACAUAGGCCUACCUAUUUAGUCGAGAAGAAUGUCCUUUUUAAAUACAACCAGCUGCUAAUGUUUUCUAUUCGGAUUGAUGCAUAAAAUUACCCAACGAGUCGCACAUUAGGGUGCGUGUAGGCUGGCGACGUAGUCUAUAGUCAACGUUGAAAAUGAGAUUUGCAAUGUUUAUUUCUCUGCUGAGGCCGAUCGGCCCGGUUAUUAUCGGUGUUUCUUUGGGAUUUACCUUGAGUUUGCUUAGUGUGAAUUGGGUAGAGGAAACUUGUGUCCUCGACGGGAAAGCGAAUGAAGAAAUACGUUUGGCCCAAGAUGGGAAUUCAAAAGGAGCGAGGAGACCCAAUUCGAUAUCGACUGUGGAUGCCGAGGAAGAUUUUGAGCCAAGAAUAGUGCCAUAUAAACCAGUUCAACAAAGCCAAACAAAGCAACUUUUUCGGGCUAAGUACAUCAGUACAGAGCUGGGGAUCCGGCAGCGCCUCUUCGUAGGGAUCCUGACGUCCAAAAGCACCAUCAACACAUUGGGGGUGGCCGUGAACCGCACCAUCAGCCACCACCUGGACACUGUGGUCUUCUUCACCGGCAUGCGCAACCGCAAAGUGCCCCACGGCAUGUUCGUGGUCACCCAUGGGGACGAGAGGCUCAUAUGGAACAUUUUCCAGACCAUCAAGUACAUCUUGGAGCACUACGUCCAUGAGUAUGACUGGUUCUACCUGGCCCAGGACGACACCUACACCGAGGCAGACCGGAUCCAACAGCUGGUGGAUCACCUGAGCAUAGACCGGGAGCUUUACAUGGGCAGCCCUGAGGAGUUUAUAGGUGGGGAGAUGGAGGGGAGGUACUGCUACGGUGGGUUCGGAUACCUCCUGUCCCGUACCCUGCUGCUCCGGCUCAAACCCUUCCUGGAGAACUGUAGGAAUGACAUCCUGAGCGCCAGGCCUGACGAGUGGCUGGGCAGAUGCAUCAUUGAUUAUGCCAACACCAACUGUGUGGCUGAGCAUGAGGGGCUGCAGUAUUACCAUUACGAGAUGGGCAAGAACUCGGAUCCGAGUAAGGUGAAGAAUGUGCAGUUUAAUAAUGCCUUGACUGUCCACCCGGUAUCUGACCCUGAGCAGAUGUACAGACUACACAAACACUUCACUGAAAUCGAACUUCGGAGGACAUACGAUGAGAUCGAGAAGUUGCAGGCAGAGAUAAAGAAUGUGAGCAAAGUGGCUUUUGAUGGCAACCGGAGCGCCCAGUGGCCCGUUGGGAUCAAUCCCACGUUUGAGCCGAAGUCCCGUUUUGAGGUCAUCCGAUGGGACUACUUCACAGAGGAGCAGGUCUAUUCAUGCAUUGACGGCUCCCCCAAGUGUGAACUGCGUGGCAUUGAUCGGUUGGACGUGGCCGACGUCAUCGAGAGAGCCAUGGGGGAGCUGAACAAGAAGUACAAGCCUGUCCUCCACCUGAAGAAGCAGCAGCUGAUCAACGGCUACCGCCGCUUCGACCCCACUCGGGGCAUGGAGUACACCCUGGACCUACAGCUGGAGGUGGUCAACCAGAAGGGUCGCAGUCGCUCCAUCACCAAGAGGGUCCACCUGGUGCGUCCCCUGAGUCGCAUCGAGAUCAUUCCCAUGCCUUACGUCACAGAGGCCACCAGGGUUCACGUCAUCUUGCCGUUGACUUUUCAGGAACGGGGUGCCGUCAACCAUUUUCUAGAAGUGUUUGCCACAAAUUUGUUUGAGACCAGUGACAACGCCAUCUUGACUUUACUGUUUAUCUACGACCCAUUCGAGGCCCAGCAGGUCAACCAGAAUGACAUAUUCACCAGUGUUAAAGCGCAGAUCAAUGCAUACGAACGCAAGUAUCCGGCAGUGAAGAUCCUGUGGAUAAGUGUCAAGACAGAAACCCCUUCUCAAAUCAAAUUCAUGGACAUCAUUUCCAAGAAGCACCCAGUAGACACGCUGUUCUUCAUCACCAACGUCAACACCAACGUCAACUCCGAGUUCCUCAACCGUUGCCGCAUGAACUCCAUCAACAACUGGCAGGUAUUCUUCCCAAUCCACUUCCAGGACUACAACCCAGACAUUGCCUUCCACAACCAGGAGCCCCCACCCACAGUAGACCUGGUCAAGGACACCGGACACUUUGACCGCAGUUCUUUCGAGGAGGCGUGCUUCUACAACUCCGACUACAUGGUGACGCGCACGCGCAUGGCCUCCGACAUGCAGGAGAACGAGGAGAUCAUGGAGACCUUGGAUAUCUACGACAUGUUUGUCAGGUACUCCACCCUGCAUGUGUUCAGGGCUGUGGAGCCGGCUCUGCACCAGAAGUACCACUACCAGGCCUGUAACCCGCAGCUCAGUGAGGACAUCUACCACAGGUGUGUCCAGAGCAACCUGGAUGGCCUGGGAUCCCGUUCCCAGCUCGCCAUGCUGUUAUUUGAACACGAGCAAGGAAAUAGCACUUGAUCACCAGCCCCCUUAGAAACUUGACCUAGUAUGUGUGUGAUUGUGUGUAUGCAUGAGUGUGAUGUGUGUAUGCGUGCGUGUUUGUUUUAAAACUAAUGCAGUACAUUCCUAAGCGGAAACUUUUUUUUUUUUUUUUAACUAAAUGUUUACAAUAAAAAUGUGCUGUCCGUACAGAAAAUGAUGGUGGAACCAAAUGUGGUUUAAACAUUCGGAUUUGGUGGUCAUCUCAUUAUUUUAACAUGUUACAAAAGUUCUACAUACCUUUGUGGCUCUUGAGGGUAUGGCUUUAAACCUGCACAGCUUUUGAUGCUUGGUCAUUUGCAGUUUAGUAAUCACUACUAAAGCACAUCUGUGUGCCUUAUUUUUUAAAACGUCCGUCAGUCCUCUUGUAUUUUCAUGUCCGUUAUCAUAUCAAGCAAAAUAAGUAGAGAUUUUUUUACAUUGUAUACAUUUUAUCAAUAUUUGAGUCCCUUCCUUUCACAUUACACUUCUCACAUUUGAAUGAAUGAGCUGGCAUCUGCAAUAUAGAUUCACUCUACUCGCAUGUUAACUGGAAGGAAGCUUUACGGCACUGACGUCAUCAGAUGCAGAAUGAGAUUACUUGGGUUGGAUUGAGAGGAUUGGAUGGCAUGUGUUGGUGCUGUAGGUUCCCAUAGGGUGACAUCACAAACAAACCUGUAGAUGUAGAGCCUCUUCAGGAGGUUACAGUAAAAAAUAAGAGAACGAUAUGAUUGUCUUCUUUAGAAUAGGGAAUUAUGUCAUCUUUAUCCAUUACAUUUAUAUAUGCAACGUUCUGAAUGUUUUAACUCUGAAUACACCCCUGGUCAGAUACGUUUGUCUGACGAUAUUUUGUGAGUCCUUGUUGAGAGACUAACACCGGUUGAAAGGUUUUGCUUGACAUGCUGAUUGGUUUCAUACAACCGCUUUCAACACUACAGACUUCCUUGUAGGCUUUGGGUCGAAUUCAGGCACAACGCCUCUUGUUUUAAAGAAGUUCAUUGCACAAAAAGGACAAAGACAGACGAUUCCCACACCUAUGCAGCGCGGAAGAUAAUGUUUGAAACGGUGAAUAUGAUAGGUUUAAUGUGUAUAUUAUAGGGAUGGGCAGUUUACAAUUGUUGAAUGUUCGUAGACCCCUUUUUUUUCGAGUACUCAAAUAACCCAAAUCCUAUUUGCCCUAUAUAUUAAAACAAUGCAAGUGCCAUUUUAAAAUUAAUUUAUUGAAGCCGUAAUAUCAACUGGUUAUAUUAUAUCAUGGAACACAAUCUUCAAAAAGUCAGUAACCUCCGCAUUUGCGCUUGCUUGUAGAACCCUGUGGCUUAGCCUUUUGUUAAUUUAGCAGACAAUACGCUCUUAUUUCCCUAGCCCUUAUCACAAUCAAAACACAUAUUUCAUAGUUUAAAAUACAUUUAAAAAAAUAUGUAAUAUAACAGAAUAAAAUGGAACAGAAUAUUUUUCCAAAUGGAAAAAAACUUCCCAGUGCAAAGUGAUGCGCAUUGCAUGUCGAACAGUUAUCACCAGUGAUCUUUUGACACGUUUCUUAAUGGGAUGAACACUCACAUUGAACACUGCAUGGUGAUGCAUUAUGGCCACAUCUGUUUGUCGAGUAGGCAUAUACUUGUUUGUUCGGAUGAAAAUACGCUCUUUGUCGUCAUCAAACUAAUGUUUUGCAGAUGUUAAGUGUGGAACCUGUAUGUUUAGGGAGGUUUACAGCCUAGGCUAACAUUCGAAAUGGCACUAACAGUUCGCAAAGUAACUUAAGCGGAAAUAGUCAGGACACAACUAUUCCAAAACUGCAGCUGGUUCCUGGAACACAUUUUCCAACUUCAAUCAACCAGUCCAUUUUGAAUUUGUAACUGUGUUCAUUUGGCGUGGAAUGUAGCCUGUGUAUCCAAUCCGUUAGAUACGUGUUUUAUAGGCAUUUUGUUUCUGUAGGCCCAAUGGGAGCUCGUGUGGCGGGGAAAGGGAAUUUGGAGAAGAAAUGUGUGACGCUUGGCUUGGUUUCUUUUUUUGUUGUACCCAGCAAAUGCACAUGUUCAUAUGGAACACACGAGUCGAGGCAAAUGUGAACGUUAUCUAAAGACAAUGUCACUUGCCUUAGUUUUACAGUGGGCUAUUUGGAGAGAGAAAAGUGAUCUCUGGUUAAAUAGAGCUUUUACGUCCGUUGCAGUACUAAUUUACUCAUGCCUACUCGGUUAACGCAACGUGUCUUCAGAUUUCCUGUCUCCCAGUCUCCUCAAACUUAAUAUAAACCAUGAUGUUAGCUAUAUUACUGUGCAACGUAUGUUAUAUUUUUUCCCCCCCGAGAUUGCAAAUAAAUCUGUACGUUGUAGUGCCCAUCGGUUAUGAAUGUUUCAACCUCUGUGUCGAGAAGGGACACACUCUAAAGUGAUUUUCGUACCAGGUUAGGAUAGCAUUUUCGCUAACCCUUUUCCGCAGGCUCCUUACUUGCUACCUUAAAUCUCCCACCGUGCUGUGUAAGUUAUCCUAACCUGCUACGAAACAGUGGCGUAAGAAGAAUUGCCCGUGUUGAGAAGUUGUGUUUUUGCCGUCUGUUCCGGGUUUCAAAGAUCACCAAAAACGACUAACCAUGAGCCUUAGCGUUUCGGCCGCCACAGAAACAGACCCUGGGUCUGUUCUAACGUGACCAACAACCUGCGUGCCCAUUUCUCCCGACAGGGGAAUAAUUGGUCUUGCGCUCCAUGAAACGGAUACGCUCUUCACCCGUUCCGCGCCGAAAGAGCGGCAGAAAAGUCAGACGGAGUGGCAGGCAGCCUGGUGGUUAGAGCGUUGGGCCAGGAACCUAAAGGUUGCUGAUCGAAUCCCCGAGCGGACAAGGUAAAAAUCUGUCGUUCUGCCCCUGAACAAGGCAGUUAACCCACUGUGCCUAGGCCCUCAUUGUAAUUAAGAAUUUGUUCAUAACUGACUUGCCUACUUAAAUAAAAUAAAAACACAAUUUCAGAUGGCACUCCAUGCCCGCUCUUCCAUAGAGAAAGUGGUGUGUUUUUUUUGUGCACCGAUAGAGCAGUGUUUGAACUUGGGCUAGCUGUGACUGGACAAGUUCACAGUAGUUGUUGGUUUCGGUGUGUUACACACAUGUAAUCUCGAUAUAUUUAAAGUAGGUAUUUGAAAUCAGUUGAACAAGACUGCAGUUAUUAAAAAUAAGAAUUUGUUCUUACCUGACUUGCCUAGAUAAAUAAGGUCAAAUAAAUUAAAUUGUGGUAUGUACUGUAGAAGUUGGCAUUCAACAUUGUUACAUUACAUUUCUAUUACAUCAGAAUAUACCUGAAUAUACACUACCAGUCAGUUUUUAGAACACUUACUCAUUUGUACUAUUUUCUACAUUGUAGAAUAAUAGUGAACACAUCAACUAUGAAGUAACACACAUGGAAUGAUGUGUUAAACAAAUACCCACCCUUUGCCUUGACAGUUUUGCACACUCUUGACUCUCUCAACCAGCUUCACGGGCUAGUCACCUGGAAUGCAUUUCAAUUAACAGGUGUGCCUUUGUUAAUUUGUGGAAUUUCUUUCCUUAAUGUAUUUGAGCCAAUCAUUUGUGUUGGGGGGUGUAUACAGAAGGUGGCCCUAUUUGGUAAAAGAGCAUUCCGUGUUAUGGCAAGAACAGCUCAAAUAAGCAGAGAUAAAUCAACAGUCCAUCAUUGACUACUUUCAGGCACUAAGGUCAAUCUGGAAAAUGUCAAGAACUUUGAAAGUUUAUUCAAGUCCAGUUGCAAUAACCAUCAAGCACUAUGAUGAAACUGGCACAUGAGGACUGGCAAAGGAAUGUAAAGACCCAGAGUUGGCUCUGCUGUAGAGGAUAAGUUCAUUAGUUACUAGCCUCAGAAAUUGCAGCCCAAAUAAAUGCUUCUGAGUUCAAGUAACAGACACAUCUCAUCUCACAUCUCAACAUCAGCUGUGAAUCAGGCCUUUCAUGGUCGAAUUGAACACCAAUAAGAAGAGACUUGCUUGGGCCAAGAAACACAAGCAAUGGACAUUAGACCGGUGGAAAUUGGUCCUUUGGCCUGGAGUCCAAAUUGGAGAAUUCUAGUUCCAACCACCUUGUCUUUGUGAGACAUGGUGUGGGUGAACGAAUGAUCUCAGCAUGUGUAUUUGCCACCAUAAAGCAUGAUGAUGGAGGAGGUGUUAUGGUGUGAGAGUAGUUUGCAGGUGACACUCUGAUAUAUUUAGAAUUCAAGGUACACUUAACCAGCAUGGCUCCCACAGCAUUCUGCAGUGAUACACCAUCCCAUCUGGUUUGCGCUUCGUGGGACUAUAAUUUCGUUUUUCAACAGGACAAUGACCCAACAAACCUCCAGCUUGUGUAAGGGCUAUUUGACCAAGAAGGAGAGUGAUGGAGUGCUGCAUCAGAUGACCUGGCUUCCACAAUCUCCCAACCUCAAACAAAUUGGGAUGAGUUGCACUGCAGAGUGAAGGAAAAGCAGCCAACAAAUGCUCAGCAUAUGUGGGAACUCCUUCAAGACUGUUAAAAUCAUUCCAGGUGAAGCUGGUUGAGAAAAUGCCAAGAGUGCAAAGCUGUCAUCAAGGCAAUGGUUGGCUACUUUGAAGAAUCUCAUAUUUUUUAACACUUUUUUUUUGGGGGGGGGGGGGGGGUUACUAAGUGAUUCCAUAUGUGUUAUUUCAUAGUUGUGAUGUCUUCACUAUUCUACAAUGUAGAAAAUAGUACAAAUUAAGAAAAACCCUUGAAUGAUUAGAUGUUCUAAAAAUGUUGACCGGUAGUGUAGGUAGUUUGAAAUUACAUUUGAUAUUUCCCUGCAACAUUUAUGGAAGUUUUUUUUUUUUUUUUUUUUUCAUGUUGAUAAGUAUUAUUAUAUGUAUCACAUUGUAGCCCUCAAUAUCUAAUGGUUUGCUAUCAAGCACACCGCAAUUCCCACUCAGUAUUGUGCAACCAGAGGCCUUUUGUGUGGAUGCAGCAGGUACUAGAAACCUGAGUUUGAAAUGUGAGUUUAAGUAAAAUAUGUGCAAUACUGUAUAGAUUACAACAAACAAAUUGACUGUCCAAUCAAGAACAAGGAUUACAUUUUUGAAGUGUUGCAAGUUGAAUACAUGCUCUAAAUUAUAUUUAUUAACUUAUACCAAGGAAAUAUCCUGUGUAACAACACUGAAUGUGACAUGAACUACAUUGACUUAACUUGCAUUACUGUUUUGUGUGUUAAUACACCACAUUAGAUUUAUGGACACAGUCUAUCAUGACAUGAAAACCUACUUAAAAUAAAUAACGUAAUUCCCUUAAGUCUUGAUUUUUUUUUCUUCUUCCCCAAGUGGUUUUGUAAUUGCAUCCACAAUUCUUAAUGCGUGUCUACUUCACCAGAGACUGAGGUUACAUUAUGCAAAUUCAGAAGGCUGAAGCUCAAAUAGAGAUCUCAAUUUGUUUGCUUUGUAUCUGUGUGUGUGUGUGUGUGUGUGUGUGAUUUUAUAAUUUGUUCUGUUAUUAGCUUUGUUUACACAUGGUAAUAGUGUGCGUGAUAGACGUUUCCUAUUUUGAAUUUUACACAAUGCAUUUUCUUUUUACUGCCACUGUCAUUCCAAGUAUUGGAUUCAGAGUUUGAUCAAUCCUUUUAUUUACCAGUAAUUUGAAGUGUCCAGUGCACUGUAGUAUGUUUCUAAUGGUAGUGUUAACCAAAGCCAUUACUCAUUGACUUGAGAAACCGUGGCAGGUUAGACAUUCAAUCCAUAUCCUCCCUUUUUUUAAAGCAGCUGGCCCAAUGCUAUAUAUAUAUAUAUAUAUAUAUAUAUAUAUAUAUAUAUAUAUAUAUAUAUAUAUAUCUCUCAAAGGGUCCUAUGUACAGUACAAACUGUGAUGUUUUGCCCCCGUUUUAGGACAUUUGUUACACAAAUGCAGAACAGUUCUUCCCUACCAACAGAAAACCAAAAUACUCAUUGGUAAGUCUUCUGUUAAAGAUUUAGCAUGGCGUAUUAAUCCAAAUGAGUCAUUAUGUAGAUAAAACACUCAAUGGUAUACUGAAAUCUUCAAUGAACUGUGAAUUAUUGUAAUUUUGAAAUAAACUAUUUCAGUAUGAACA